AUAAAUAAUAAAAUCACCUCCAUUGCAGCAGCAUUACAUAAAAGCAACGUCACAAGGAAAAUAGGUCGACCAGCCUGUUUCUUCUCGGCCGGGGUUCCACUGCGCUGGAGGAUCUCGAGAUCGACGAGGCCCAGAGACAUGAGUCCCAACGUCAGGCCCGACAUAAUGCCGGCGAAAAGGACCAGGAAACAUGAAAUACCGGCAUACGUGAACCACAACACCGUCCCGAAUUCUAUCUCCGCCCCCAGCAGAGCGGCGCUCUGGUCGGCACCGCCGUUCCUGAUCGCCAUGGACACCAGCGCCACCGCACUGAUAGGGUGCAUGAUUGGUAUUUCCCUCGACACACUCCCUCUAUUGAUUUUCGCUCCGUACGUGCGUUCGGAGAAAGGGGAGAUACAAGGACAACCGGAUAUCCCACCAAGCAAA